AUGCAACAAUUUAACUUGCCUCACGUUAUCCGACCAUCAGGCAGACCCAAUGAAGUGUAUACUAGCAUUGCAUUUGGGUCUUGCGUCAAAGUUAGAGAUCAAGAUAAUAAGAUCUUUGCAUUGAAAACAAUUAGAAAACAAAAUCUUGCCCAAAAGAGAAACGAGAUUCGAAAUGAAAGGGCCAUUCAUAAGAGGAUGGAUCAUCCUCAUAUUGUAAAACUUUAUGAUGCAUUCGACGAUCAAGAGAAUGUUUAUUUCAAAAUGGAAUGCUGUGAAAAUCAAUCAUUGAAAAGAAUGUUACGAAACCGCGGCCGACUUACCGAACCGGAGAUUAGAUACUUUUUAAUUCAACUUCUGGAUGCAAUUGAAUAUAUGCAUAAAAAGAAUGUUAUCCAUCGUGACCUUAAACCAGAUAACAUUUUUUUAUCAAACGAAAUGAAAGUGAAAAUCGAAAUGUUGGAUUUGGAUUCUACCGAUGGAUACAGCUUUGGAGUAGAUAUUUGGGCCAUCGAUAAUGCAAAAGAUCUUAUUGACUUAUUGCUUACCGCAAAUCCUGGAGCCCGACCAACCAUUCCUCAGAUCCGACGACACGACUUUCUUAAAGGCCUUACACCUAGCAGAUUACCGGAAACAGCAGUGACAAAUGAGCCAAGUUUUGAAAUUGUUAAUAAAAUUGACAUCUGGAAUUUUAUUUUAAAAGAUGUCCCCAUUGUCACCAACGCAGGAAUUAAUAGAUAUGUAAAUGGGAACUCAUAA